UUGCAAAGCCCUUUCUUUCUCUUAACAUGGAAUCUGAGCCUUAGAUACCGCUAUCUGUAUUUUGAUUUGCUCCCUAAUUGACCUAAAUAAACCUUCUGACUGACAGGGUUCCUGCAGCCCCCAAGGCACACUAUCAAACAGAGUAGUGAACUCAUUGCAAGUAAUUCCCUUAUUUUCUUGGGAAUCCCAUUGUGCUCAUCCAAUCGCAGAAUACUACAUGCUUGUUAAGCGUUUAACUUGCAUGACAUUUGUACUUUAUCAUCGUCGCUUUCUCCGUGUUCCGACGCCUGGGAUGCUCCGCGGCAAUUUCAUAGUGUUUAUCAUGGGAACUAAUUGAAAUGAUUUAUCAUAUAAAUCGAGGCCUACGAGAAGGAACCCGUUUUGUCGAUUAAAUUAAAAGGUGCUAUAGCCUGUAUACAUUUGAUAUAGUAAAGAUAAACGACAUCGAGUUCAGCUUGAAUUUGAAAAAGAACAACAUGCCAGACAAAGCAACAGCAGAAAGCCAGAAGUCGACCUCUGCGCGAGUUUCUUCAUUUUUUAUUGAGAAUUUGCUUGGAUCAAACAGAAAAGAAAGCAAACGGGAGAAGAAUCGGGAGCAUAUAGGCGACUGCAGCAAAGAGAAGCGUUUUCACAGCGCACUGGUCGUCAGCCAUUGCAGUCAGAUCUCGAACGCUGCAUUCAGUACACUGAACUAUCCUAUCAGGGAAAAUCCAUUGGAAUGGUACAGAGCAGCGUCGCAGAACUCUAGACAAUACGAAGGGACUGAGAGUCCCAAAGAGGAAAAUCAUAAUUUCGAAGAUCCAUGUUAUUCACUAACAGCAAGCGACCUCGACUCCCCAUUAAUAUCUGAACCCACAGAAGGACAAGAAGCAGAGAGAAAACAAGAUGACAGCGUAGACGAUGAAAAGGAGGAUGAUAUGCUGCAAAAUUGUGAUGCCGAUCAAGAAACCCCAGAGCAGAAAUCUGCUCGGAAGAAGAAAACUCGAACUGUCUUCAGCAGGAGUCAAGUUUUCCAGCUGGAAUCGACCUUUGACAUGAAGAGAUACCUGAGCAGCUCCGAAAGAGCGGGGCUGGCGGCGUCGUUGCAUCUCACUGAGACCCAGGUCAAAAUCUGGUUCCAGAACAGGAGAAACAAAUGGAAAAGACAACUUGCAGCGGACUUGGAAGCUGCGAAUCUUUCCCAUUCCGGUCAAAGGAUUGUCAGAGUUCCCAUUUUAUAUCAUGAAAACUCUAGUCCCGCUACACUGGGUUUUAGUGUGCCUCAAGUGUCACCUCCUUUGGUUGGCUUUUCUAGUUCUGUGAAUUAUCCCCUUUCAGCAUUCCCCUACUCUAUGGCUUUUCUACGGCCACAAAUGACAGGUCUUGUAUAAACAUAUGCAAUAAGAAAUGUGCGAUAACUAACUGACUGCAUACUAAUGCAAGUAAAUAGUGCUGCGCACCCAAAGGAUAACACAACAGGACGCUAAAACAAAUUAAUUGAAGCAAUAUAUUCAAACAAUCUGCAUCUUUAUUAAUAUAAAACAUUAAAGUCAUUCAUUCAUUUCUAUAUUAUUAUUAUUAUUAUUAUUAUAUUAUUAUUAUUAUUAUUAUUAUUAUUAUUGUAACAUUAUGCAAUGCUUAUAUUGGGCACGUUUUAUUGUAUUCUAAUCAGCAUGGGGCGAAUGCACGGGAAGUUUAACCUGAUUGAUAAGAGGUGUAUGAAAUACAUCUCCACUAUUAAAAGUGAAAGAGUUGCAAUAAAAUAAAUAAAAUUAAACUGGUGUCUUUUUUUAUAGAUUCAAGACAUGAUUUAUAUUGAAGGACAUCAUCAUUUGUGUUAAAUGUAACACACAUGUUGUUCUUAAUUUGUGUGGGGGCAAAGUUUCUUUUUUUUAAGCCUAGCGUUUUGUUUUCUUUUUUUAGACACACGUGUUGUUAAUUUAGCUCUGCAGUACAUGCUUGGUGAAUAUUGCCCUAUGUAUGUAUGUUGUUUUUUUGGAACUUUGUUUACUGCACUCUAAAAUAAAUAGGCCUACUUCAUCGUGACAAAAUUUUCUGAUAAGCAAACACUAUUAUCUAAAUAAUAAUAAUAAUAAUAAUAAUAAUAAUAAUAAUAAUAAUAAUAAUAAUAAUAAUAAUACAUUUAUGGGAGAUUUAUCACACCUUGCUCUAGAAGAAAUAUGUAUUUACAAUAACUGGACAAUAAGAUUAAAUCUUUAUAGUUGGGCUCUUUAUCUCUUGAGUCUGCGCAUGUCACAAAUUAUAACAAACAAGACAUGAGUUAAAUACCUCAAAAAUGCAUAUCGCACGGUCACAUAUAUUUUGGCAUACGGUCAGAAUGUAUGUUUCUUACAUAUACUAUGCUAAUCAUGUUACUGCAUUUGCACAAGAUAAUCAAAAUGGAACGCUGUUUUAAGAAUCAUCCAUACUUUCUUUGAAACAGACUAAACACACUUUAUGGUGUUUAUUUUAUUGUUAGAUUCACAAGUAUUAUAGUGUAAAGUAUAUACUGUACAUGCUAAAAUGUGUUUAUAAUCUGUAAUAUAAUAUGUAUGUUGUCUAUUACUAUUGCCUACAAUAUGAGAUUUGAACAACUUCCUUAAUAGAAAGAGUUUCACUUGCUUCUCGUUUCUUCUCUUGAAUUCUACAUGUCUUUCAUUUAUUACUACAUACAUUCACAUACUCUACAUAUGCCUUGCAUUUGUAUAGAAAAUUAAACAAAGCAUAUACAAGGUGUCUCAAAUACAGUACAUGUUUGCAGUUUGUAAUGCUGAGCUAUCCUCCCACCAUGAUUCAAGGAAACACUUUAAUAGUUUGGGUUUUGUAGUCGGUACCAACUAGAUAAGGCUUGCCUUAGAACAAUAGUCACAAACGCCAGUAUGUAAAGAAAGCAGAAACGUUUUUUUCACAUAUAGUAUUAGACAUGCACGUC